AUGACGCCAUGCGCUGCCUUUGUCCCUGUGUGGCGGUCCCUGUGUGCCAGCGCUGCACUUCUGCUGUGUGCUCAGGAAGAGUCUGUCACCUCCACCAGGGUUUACCUAAACACAGCAUCAGCAAAUGUCAAAGAGCUGGACUUAGGAACGACCGAUCCCGGAUUGGGAGAGACAACAGCAGAGAGCGGAGAGACUCAGUCCUGUCCCGGAGGCUCGCGCGGAGAUGGGGCAAACCCGUGGCUGAUCGCACCGGACCGUACCGGACCGUGGAGCGCGCUUCGAGGGGAGAGACACCGACUUUGGGGACACUUCCAGCGGAUUUACAACAUGCCAUUUGCCAAACGGCUCGUGGAACCACAGUUAGUUUGCAGGCACUACAUCCCGAACGAUGAGCACUUACUAUACGAAGACCUGGUCACCAUCAGUAAUGUGGCUCUGUCUCGGACGCUGCGUCAGCUGUCGGACCUGGCCAAACACGCGUGCUCCAUAUUUCAGGAGCUGGAGAGUGACCUCACGGGCACGAGCACGCGCGUGAGGAGGCUCCACGGCAGAAUCAGCCGCCUCCAGCAGACAUGUGGCGAGCUGGACUCCAAACAGGAGGCAGUGCAAUCCCAUGUAUUUUCCCACUUCUCCUACUUUUCCUCUGAUCUCUCCUGGUUCCGUGGGGCGUCGCUGGUGUGGCCCAUGGAGGAAUGUGGUGCAGACCAUGUGCUCUCCAAAUAUUACCACAUAAGCGACUGCCCUCCCCCUCUGCUCAAACGUGUGUAA